AUGUCCGGUUCGGAGAAGACUGUGGCAGAUGUUCAUGCUGGUCCAUCUAUUGAAGUGGAUGAAACGUCAGAGUUGGUAGAUAUCAAAAACAAAAGAAAGAUUCUAAAAGGUCGAAUAACACGAGCUAUAAACAGUAUGAGAGAAUCUUUGAGAAAUAAUGAUACUAACAUUAGAAGAAUCAAAAGAGAACUGAGUGAAAUAAAACAGGAUUGUGAGACUGUGAGAACCUUAAAUAAUAGUCUUUACAAUUUAGUUCUUUCUUCUGAGACAGUUAAACUUGAUAAAUGGGAUGAUGAUUUACUUUUCACAAUAUUUGAUGUGGAGGAAGAUUACAUUACUUCACUAAAUAGACACAAUCAGAGUAUCCGUUCCCCAUCUCCUGUUGUUGUGCGAAGGAAGUUUAGUAGAGUGUAA